GACGCGCCUUCCAGAGAUUCUACCAGAAGUUCAUUGAGACAGCCUACCCAAUUGAAGAUAUUUACCUUGAAUAGUGCCUAGUGGGUGUGAGAAAAGAGUUGAAAAUGUGUAGGGAAUCUAUUGGAUCAAAUUGAAUUUAUAGGACUAAAUAUGAAUACUGCUAGAGCAUUCUGAGGGUCUUUUUUGCAUGGUUUGCAGAGCUAUUGCUAAUUUCCAGUGACAGAUCAAACUUUAGACUAGAAUUAACACGUGUCACUGGGACCACAGAUCAUUAACUGGAAAAUAUCUUUGCUUUUAUUUCUGGAAACAUGCAUCUUGGCUUUCUGUAAUCAAGCUCAAAAAUUUAGUAGACUAAAACAUUGUCAAAAAUAUUGUAUUCUUGUAAAUGAGAUACAGUGUGAAGAAAAGACUUAUUUUAAAAGACGAGAGGCAUAUUCUUUGGACAAUAAAGAUGAAAGUUACUAAAUUGUUUUUUUUAUUUUGAGAAUUUUGUUUCAAAUUAACACAUACCUGGCAUAUACCUGAAAGGGGUUUCAGGGGUCAACACCCCCGUGGCUCGGUUUGUGACCAGACCUUGCGGUGAAUCAGGGCCUGAUCAACUAGGCUGUUACUGAGGUUAGACAAAUAUUAUACUUAGCAUUAUUACACAGGUAUUGGAACAUUCUUUACUGUUGCUACAGUAUAAUGCCCAUAUUAAAAAUGUAAAUUGUUUUGUAUGUACUAUACUCUGGGAAUAGUUUUGACAUAUUGUAUAAGUUGUGGCAGUGUUGAAGCGCCUUGAUCUUGGCAGAGGUCAGACAGAUUUUUCCCUCAUCUACCAAUAACUGCUUCGUACUAAUAUUAUUUUUUAUUGUGAAUAUGACAAUAGUAUGCAAUACCGAGAAGUUGAUAAGUAAGUCACAUGUGCACCAGCUAGGUAUCUGACAGGUAGAUAUCUAAUGUUAGGUAUCUAACGGUUAGGUAUCUAACAGUUAGGUAUCUAACUGUUGGGUAUCUAACUGUUGCACGUGUGUCUUACUCAUCACUGUUUUUUAUUGUAGGUGGCAUUAAUUUUAAUUUAUCAUUUUGCUUAAUAUAAUAUUGUACUGCAUAUGUUAUACAAAACUAUUUUCCAUUAAUAUGUUCAUAAAAUAUUUAUAUACAUACCAAACAUCUGAUCUAUUUUCACUAGAGUAAAUUUCAACCUGUCCUGGCCUACACACAUGCUGCAACCUUUUACUAUAAGUAUUAAUUUCCACUUUCUUAUUACAGUAACAACAAAGAAACUAGUAUGCAAUCACAUAGUGUAUAUUAUCUUUUAAGUAAAAGACUUGACAUCCUCUGUAUUCAACUUAAGAGCUCAGGCAUUAUCUAAAGAAUUUUGUAACUGAACCUAUGA